AUGAAAAACGACAAGUACAUCACGCUGCGAACAUUUUCAGGCCAGACCAAUUACAUCAAGUAUCUUCCUGUUCGCUGUAAAUCAUUACCUCACGUUUGCCGCCUUAUCGAUGAAUAUCUGGUGGACUAUAUACACCCACAGAUUCUUCAAGACGCAUGUGAAUAUGGAACAUCAAGUGACGACCUUGAAUUUAUUCGGAAGAGGACAGCUUCAAACUGGACAAAUGUGGUUAAAGCAGCAGCUAGAGGAGGAUAUUUACACGUGUUUGAGUGGAUGUUAGAACGGCAAGACGGUCUUGGUCCGUGGGUGGGGGAUCUUAAAGAUGUUCUUGCACAGGCUGCUGCACAUGGUCAUCUCAAACUCGUGAAGUGGCUAUAUAGUCGAGGUAUUGGCAAUGUUAACAACGACGUUUUUGAUCAAGCUGCUACUGAAGGACAUCUAUCUAUUGUGCAAUGGUUGAACAAACAUACCAAACUUACCGGACAUAAUCAGACACUUAGCGAUACCGCUAGAUAUGGCCACUUGGAAGUUGUGCAGUGGUUAUACACCAAAAACUUUUUUAGGGAACAGACGCCAUCAGCAAUGGCUUCAGCCGCAAUAAAUGGACAUCUAGAAAUACUACAAUGGCUACACCAACAAGUUUGUUGCGGCGGUGUUUGCAUCACUGAUGUCAUGGAUGCAGCUAUCAAUGGUGGUCACUUCAAUGUCGUCAAGUGGUUGUUUGGGAACUGCAACGCGGGCUGCUCCGAGCGUGCUGCUGAAACUGCUGCCUCUAACGGAGAUUUGGCCAUGCUGCAAUGGCUACAUCAACAUUUUCGUGAGAAAUGUCAUUCAAAUGUAAUGGAUUAUGCGGCAAUGGGGGGUCAACUUGAUGUACUCAAGUGGUUGCACGAACAAGGAUACGAUGGCUGUACACCGCUUGCGAUGGAUACGGCUGCACAAGACGGACGUCUUAAUAUUGUGCAAUGGCUGCACGAGAAUCGAAAUGAAGGAUGUACGACCAAAGCAAUGAGUUGUGCGGCAAAUCAAGGACACCUGCACGUCGUCAAGUGGUUGCACGAAAACAGGUCCGAAGGAUGCGGUGAUUAUGUUUUGGAUUGGUCAACUUGCGAAGAGAAUUUGGAGGUGGUCAAGUGGCUAGUCGAGCACAAACCGGGGAUGUGUCGUGAUGACUCGAUGGAAAAAGCUGCUUGGCGCGGUCAUAUGAAUGUAGUUGGCUAUCUAGAUGAAAACACGAGGCAACGAGGUUCUGAAUUGGGUCUAGGUGCUGCCGCUAAAGAAGGUUAUGUGAAGGUAGUUAUCGUGUUGAUGCAACAUCACUACGGGAUCACCAGUUUGGUAGGCAUGCAUUUCCGACGUAGGAUAUACUGGUGCUACCGGAGGUUGCUGAGCCAGCUUUCAAACCAGGAUGCAACUCCAGCUUCUCCAUUGUGGAACGAAAUAUUGAAAAUGCUCGAGCUCUUCCACAGUGACCAAUUUCACGCAGGUGUGUCCACACUGCUUGAUCUAGCGCUGCAACGUGGAUAUUUGGUCAUGGCUCGACAAUUUUUUGAGCGCAGAAGCGAAGACGAAAAGUGCCAAUAUGUUGCUGUUGCUGCUGAAGGUGACGAAAUCGUAUUGAUGAGGUGGCUGAUCGAGAAUGGGGCCCCAUUGUGCGUUCAUGCAACAAUCACUCUUGUCUCAGAUCAUGUGAACAAAGCAAAGUACGUCGAAGCUACUUGGUGGUUGUCUGAAAGUGAUCGCGUGAUUGUCAUUCGUGACGCUCUACAAAAUAAUGACCGCAAGUUGUUAAUGUGGGUGCUAGAUAAUACCGUUUUCAAGGAUAAAAAUUCUUGGAAGGAUAUUCGAAGUGCUCUCAAAAUGGCUGAUAACGUUAUUGUACACUGGCUUUCGGAUAACCUCUCGAAUGAUGAUACUCGUAGUUGGUGUUUCCCAUCGCUUCAAGACGAAGCGAGCGCUGGGACGCAAUUUACGAGGGCUGCUAAUGCUAAUGCAGAUAGAAGAUAG